AUGGCCUCUGUCUGCGCUUUACUGGUCCCAGCCGCUGCUAACCUCGCUUGGGGCUUCGUAUCAUUCGCUAUCCUGCUUGGUCUAUAUUACAGAAAGUUGAAGACGAGUCUUCCCUUGCCUCCUGGGCCACCAUCGUCUCUCUUCAGAGGCCCGACGUUUCCCAGUCCGUAUCCUUGGGUGUCAUAUGCAAAGUGGGCCGAGGUUUAUGGCGACCUCAUAUACUACAAAACCUUGGGCAAUCCAGUUCUAGUCUUGAACUCUCGUGAAGCAAUGACAGACCUUCUCGAUAAGAGAGCCAGUAUCUACUCGUCUAGGCCGUAUCGCACCAUGGUGAUCGACAUGAUCGGGCUUAACUACCUGUUCACCUCAAUGCUGUACGGGGAACGAUGGAAGUAUUUCAAGAGAGCCGAUAGGAACGUCUAUAACGCAGUUCAAACUAAGUACGUGCAUACAAUGCUGCGCGAACUACUCGAAAAUCCUACAGAAUUCCGUGCGUCCGUCCGAAGAACCGCUUCUGCGGUUGUCCUUGGGCUUGUCUAUGGUCACGAAGUCGCCGAAGAAGGCGAUCUCUAUGUGGACCUUGCAGAGAAGGUUGCUAGAAACGUUGCACAAGCAGGGUUGUACGGGACGUACAUGGUGGAUUACAUUCCUUGGCUGAAACAUAUCCCCUCCUGGUUUCCGCUCGCCAGCUUCAAACGUAAGGCCAAAGAGUGGAGGAAACCUGUCAUUGAAAUGUUGGAACGCCCUUUCGCCGUUACCAAGAGUAAGAUGUUGGAGGGAAAGGCGACCGCUUGCCUCGUAAGGGAAGAACUGGACGAUCUUUGGUCUGGAACCAGCACCUUUACAGAGGAUAUCAUCAAGAAUACAGCGGCAACCGCUUUCGCGGCUGGAUCGGACACUGUUGUUUCUGGGGCACUGUCUUACUUCUUGGCUCUCGCCAACUUCCCUGAGGUCCAGAAGCUGGCGCAGGAAGAGCUCGAUAGAGUCUUGGGCGGACGGCUACCAACUCUCCAGGAUAGACCCGACCUACCCCUGAUCGAAAGUAUUUGUUACGAGGUUCUCCGGUGGAACCCCGUGACCCCAUUGUCGCUCAGCCACUAUGCUUCAGAAACUGACGAAUACCGCGGCUACCAUAUUCCAAAGGGGACUGUGAUUCUCCCUAACGUCUGGGCGGUUCUUCACGACCCUGAUUUAUACCCAGACCCCUUCACCUUUAAAGCAGAUAGAUUCGUCGAUCGGGAAGCAAACGCUAGACUCGGAAUCAACGCUCUUCCGGAUAAUGUCUUUGGUUUCGGUCGACGCUUCUGUCCUGGGCAACACGUCGCUUUCGACUUUAUCUUCCUGGUCGUUUCUUCCCUCAGUUCCGUCUUUGACGUUACGAAGGCAGUCGAUAAGAACGGUCGCGUAGUCGAGCCAGUGAUAGAUUACGCACCACUUGUGCUCAGUGUAGCAUUCGCCCGAGGUCCCAGCAAGCCGUGGUACAAAUCCAGCAAACGGCUCUCCAUGAUGGUUGACAGAUUUAUGACAUCUCGAACCUUGUAUAUGACACCAUGA